UCUGUCUUUUUGCAGUACCGAAAGAAGAGGCUUCGCUUCGGACGCAGCAGAAUCCACGAGUGGGGUCUUUUUGCCAUGGAGCCCAUAGCUGCUGAUGAGAUGGUCAUCGAGUACGUGGGUCAGAACAUCCGACAGAUGGUGGCUGACAAUCGAGAGAAGCGGUACGCACAGCAGGGCAUCGGGAGCAGCUACCUGUUCAGAGUGGACCACGACACCAUUAUUGAUGCCACAAAAGUUGGCAACCUGGCAAGAUUUAUCAACCACUGCUGCACUCCAAACUGCUACGCCAAGGUAAUCACAAUAGAGUCCCAGAAAAAGAUUGUGAUCUACUCGAAGCAGGCCAUCGCCGUCAACGAGGAGAUCACCUACGACUACAAGUUCCCUCUGGAGGACAACAAGAUCCCCUGCCUGUGUGGGACGGAGAACUGCCGCGGGACACUGAACUAGUGGAUGUGCUUUUCUUCGUCACCUGGCAACACCCAGACCCCCACUUGAUUCACCCUUUGUAGAGUGUACAUCGAAAGGCCAGGCCACUCUAUGAACCCACCUCCUCACAUUACCCAGGAAACAGAGACACACACAUUUGCACUUUCAUGCCCACUUUUCAUUCACGUGGCAGUUUCACAAGCCAGGGGAGAGGUUAGUGUCACCUGGCAUGAGAAUACUAGUUGGGGGACGUCCGCUUCUUUUGUGGGUCGAUUGUUGGACUCCAUUGGUUGUUAUUUUUUUUUAACCAGGAUGUUUCGUGUAGCCAGGCAUAAAAGGUCUUUCUAUUUCCAAGCCAUUAUCAGAUUGAAGGAGCACGGUAAAACAAAACAGAAAAUGCCAUUAUUCUAUGUCUACGUCGGCUUACAUAAUACACAUCCUGGAUCACUCUUGCCGUGUCGAAUCCCUCCCUGCUGCCACCCACCCAUCCACACAGAUCCACGCACAGACGCACAGGAAUAUCUGACAAAUUCAGGGUUUUUAAAAGCGCUUGUUAUAGGCGCACUUUUAAAAUGACAAACUUCAUUCAAUUUGGUCUUCAGUUAUGCAAGAUUUCCAAGUGUGAAGAUUGUUUUGGAGCUUUUUUUAAAUUCAAUUUCAUAGUAUUAUAUAAUAAUAUUGCUAUUACGAAUGAUGUUGUUAUUCAGUUGCAUUAGCUGUAAGUAUCUUACAGUGAAAUGAGCUUCAGUGUACCCAGCCCACUGUCCUUUGUUCACCAGUCAAACCCUCAUGUUCUUGCUCCCCUGAUUUGCCACAACCUUUCUUCUGGAUGAGAGAAAAAAAACCUUUCAACUCUUGUUUUUGACCCACGUGAAUCUAUGUCAGUUAGGUUGUAGCUAAAUUGUGUUUUAUUUUUACAUGGCUCCUGAAUUUUUGCCUGCAGAACCAGCACAACAGGGAUUUAGCCUGUGUUUAUUUUUCCUUUUUUUCCCCAAAGUUAGAGCUAUGUUAACAAAGUGUUGUGACGAGAACAAGAACCAUGUUUGUUUGCAUAAUCUCUCUCUAUCUGUUUAUCUGCGUUCCAUCAAAGCAAAGGUCAAAAGUAGGCAAACUUCGUUCUUCAGGCAAUGAUUACGACCAAACUCAUUCAGGUCCUGUUCAAAUCUGUGUUCAGUUUUUAACUUAGUCAAUCUUUGUGCUACAUAUGUUUUUAAAAGGCACAGUUAUUGGAUUUGGUCAGGUCUCUUUAAAUGUUUCGAUUGUGAGUGUUCAUCCCCCUGUUUUGAGGGCCUUUCAAGAAUACAUUAGUAUGUAUUUUAUUUGGAAGUGCUGAGUGGUUCACCCCAAAGAAACAUCUCUCCCUGAAAAUGCAUCGGCCCAAUGUAAACAAGUGUCCAGCGUAGGAUCUGUUUGCAGUGUAGAUGGGUGGAAGGUAUAUAUAGAUACGCUCCAUGGGUUUGCAAUAUGCCGCAGACAGCAGGAUGUAUAUGGCCCUUGUGUUGUGUCUCUGUUUUUCACAUGGCUAUGGCCGUCCAAAGUUUAACUUUCAUUUUAAACUUUUAACUAAAGUUUGGUUUUAUUUUGUUCCCUCCCAAAAAGGAAAAUGUGUAAGAUAUUUUGUGUUGCAAUGAAAGCCUUUCAUCACAAACAAACCCUCUUUACUACAGUAUAAAAAGAUGAAAUCAAAGAAGUACAUGUAAAUAUUGUAGAAGUGUUUGUUUCUCGUAGAAACACACUGAUUUCAAGCUGUAAAUAUGUUGUUCCUUUUCUUCUCUCCAUGAGGAUGAAACAUGUACAUACCUUCCAUUCAUUUAUUUUUUAUUGUUUUUCCUUUUUAAUUUGAUUAUUUUAAUAUUAUUUGCAAUAUUUCUUGUAUUAAUGCGUUGGACCCUUUAUUAAUGGUGCAUUAAAAUAUUUUUUAAAUAAAUGAAACCA